GUUUGUACUUGUUGGUUUUUCGGAAUCCAAGCAAAUUUGAUUUUUAUUCACUUGUUACUGAAGCUCCCGAAUGGCUUUAAUUAUGCGCUUCGAAGAAUUUCUACAUUUGCCCAAUUUUUUCUAUCGUUGUGUUGGCCUUGUACUGUGGGGUCCAAGUGGCGGUCUGUGGCAACGUUUAUUCUUUCAUUUUUCUGUACACAAUCUAUUUUUAACUUUCCUCGCCGAACUAUACUUCAUCGUGGUAUCAUUCAAAACUGAUCUCAUCGAAGCCACCAUGAGCCUUUCCUAUGCCUCUUAUGUCGCUGUUGCUUUAGUGAAGUACUAUUACAUGCUACGCAGAAAGAAGAAUAUGAUCAUAUUUUUACAACGCCUAGAAGUCAUUUUCCCACGCACAAAAUUACAGCAAGAAAGUUUACGUCUGAGCCAUUAUCUGCAAUUGAGCAAAUUCGUGACGAAAAGUUACACAGCCAUGUAUAUGGUACUCAUAUCGAUAUACAAUCUCUACGCGAUUGGGACUCGUUUGAUCUAUACGAAUUGGUUGCACGUGAAUGUUAUUGAUCCAACCUUGCCCUAUAGUGCCUCCUAUCCGUGGAAUUGGCACGAUCAUUGGAGCUACUAUGUUUUGUAUGUGUCACAAGGUUUGGCUGGCUGGCAUGCGACUUGCACACAGAUGGCGCUCGACUUAUUGCUCUGCACAUCGGCUACGCAAUUGAUAAUGCAUUACGAUUACAUUUCACUUAGCUUGGAGAAGCAUAAGUCGAAAUACGCCGAGGUAUAUGCACUGGAUGUACCGCAGAGAGUUCGCGUGGUUAUGGAGCUGAAAGCAUUUCAUGAGGAUAUGCAGUAUAUUUCGGGUAUCGUGGCUUAUCAUGCGGAAUUGUUGAGCUUGUCACAGCUCUUGAACGAAUUGUUUGGCGUGCCCCUGCUUGUCAAUUUGUUUACCUCAUCGGCGCUUAUUUGUUUCCUCGGCUUUCAGUUGUCAGUUACCCGACAACUUGACUUGCUCAUCAAGAUUGCACUCUUCUUUUUCGGCUCCAUAUUACAGGUCUAUCUAAUCUGUCAUUUUGGGCAGUUGCUAACUGAUUCGAGCACAAAUGUGGUAAAUGCUGUAUACUUUCACGACUGGAUUCAUGCUGAUAUUCGCUACCAAAAAAUGCUUAUAUUGAUAGCUAAGCGCGCACAGAGACCAGCCAUUUUAAAUGCAACAAAUUUUAUAAGCGUUUCGCGUGGCACCAUGACCGAUAUAAUGCAGUUAUCUUAUAGAAUCUUCGCACUCAUACGAACUAUGUACAACGAAUGA